AUGGAAGCCCAGGGAGAUCUAGUGACUUGUGCAAGGCUGCGGCGCGGGCUGGCGGGAGGGCAGACGGGCGGGCGCUGCUGGCCCCGUUGUGCUGCGGCCGCCACGGGCCUGUGCGUCCCCCGGCCUCGCCAUGGAGGCCGGGCCCCCGCCAUCCGCGAGGGCUGGUUCCGGGAGACGUGCAGCCUGUGGCCGGGCCAGGCCAUGUUCCUGCAGGUGGACAAGCUGCUCCACCACCAGCGCUCCCGCUACCAGGAGAUCCUGGUCUUCCGCAGUAAGACCUACGGCAACGUCCUGGUGCUGGAUGGAGUCAUCCAGUGCACAGAGAGGGAUGAAUUCUCGUACCAGGAGAUGAUUGCCAACCUGCCCCUCUGCAGCCAUCCCAGCCCACGAAAGGUGCUAAUCAUUGGUGGUGGGGACAGGGGAGUCCUUCGGGAAGUGGUGAAGCAUCCAUCUGUGGAGUCUGUGGUCCAGUGUGAGAUUGACGAGGACGUGAUCCAGGUCUCUAAGAAAUACUUGCCGGGCAUGGCCGUGGGCUACUCCAGCCCAAAGCUGACCUUGCACGUUCGAGAUGGAUUUGAAUUCAUGCAGCAGAACCAGGAUGCCUUCGAUGUCAUCAUCACUGACUCCUCGGACCCCAUGGGUCUUGCUGAGAGUUUGUUCAAAGAGUCUUAUUACCAGCUGAUGAAGACAGCGCUGAAAGAUGACGGGAUCCUCUGCUGUCAGGGUGAGUGCCAGUGGCUGCAUCUGGACCUCAUCAAGGAGAUGCGUCACUUCUGCAAGUCUCUGUUCCCUGUUGUGGAAUAUGCCUACUGCACCAUCCCCACCUACCCCAGCGGCCAGAUUGGCUUCAUGCUCUGCAGCAAGACCCCGAGCACUAAUUUCCGGGAGCCAGUACAGCAGCUGACCCAGGAGCAAGUAGAGAAAAUGAACCUCAAAUAUUACAACUCGGACAUCCACCGCGCGGCCUUUGUGCUGCCUGAGUUUGCCCGCAAGGCCCUGAGCGAUGUGUGAGGAGACCAGUACACCUGCCUCGGCCUCUCCCAGGGACUUCAAGCCACAAGCGCCCAUUCCAGGAUGCCCCUCUUCCUGCUCUGAGGGUAUCGGCUGGCACGCGGCAUCCCCUCCCAACUGAGGACCUGCCCCUCACCAGCUGUCCCGCCCGCUGACCAAGUGUUACCAAACCCAGGACGUGAUCGAGGGGCUCCCCGUGCCAUGCUCUGCUGGGCGGGUGGGGGGAGAGUACAAGAUGUCUGUCUGUCUCUGUCUCUGUCCAGUCUGGUCAAUUAGCGUCUCUUAAUAUUGAUCAUCUGUGUACAGAACGAUCCUUCUCACCUCUAACAAGCCCCUUCACCAAACAGUGUAUUUAUAAC